AUGGUUUCGCGGGAGCAGAAGGCAAGCUGGACAGCCGAGCAGGUGGCACUUGCAAAGCUACGAGUAGAGGAGGACUGCUUGGAUUGGGAGGCCGGCCAGCACGGUGACUUCCCAGGUCUUUCACGAGUUGGCGGUGUGGACGUGUCUUUCUUCGCAGAUGGAACUUAUGCCAUCGCGGCUAUCGUAGUGCUCGAUUUUCCCAGCUUAACGGUGGUUUACGAGCGCAGUGCAGCCUUUCGGCUGACGGUUCCAUAUGUGCCGGGGUUUCUGGCCAUGCGCGAAGUGCCCGCCCUGAGCCAGAUGUUCAAAGAUGUCCCCAAGCAUGCUCUUCCACAAGUGGUCCUUGUAGAUGGCAACGGUGCUUUCCAUCCUCGCCGGUGUGGUGCUGCUACCCAUCUUGGGAUUUCAAUCGGCUUGCCAACGAUUGGUGUUGCAAAGGACGUUUUGAAAGUGGGUGAAGUCAACUCAUCUGUGGCUAGGCGCUUGGCUCAAACCCUGCAUCGUCCACGAGAGUGGGCUCCUCUUUGCUCUGUCGCAGCCCUGCUAAAGACGAAGGGAAGCCGAUGUCUGGUGGUGAGCCCCGGGCAUCGGCUGAGCUUGGAAACAGCAGUGGCGCUGACUUCCCAGCUAUGCCAUGAUCGUGCAGCUCCGGAGCCUAUUCGACAGGCAGAUCUCCGCAGCCGAAAGGCAGUGCGUGCAUGGUAUGCUGGUGCGCACUUUGAUUACCUGGAAGCUCCAAGGCUCAGCCAUCUUGAACAGAUGCUGCAGAUCACGUCCGAUGGCACCAGCCCAGAGGCAUUCCGCAGCCCCGAGAUCCAGGCUGCAAAAACAAAGGCGGCCAAAUGGGUAAUCAAGGGAUCUAGGGAAGAACCCCUGCCGAAAGCCUCUGCCCAGGCAGAGAGCACUCCAGAAACGGAUUUUUGGACCGGCAUUUUCGGUUGGCUAUGCGUUUGCUUCACCAGGUCUCACACUCGGCAAAUCUGA